AUGAAUCAUAGUCAUAGAUCAAGAUCUUCGUCGUGCACAUCGAAUUAUUCUGAUCAAGGUAAUCAACACGAAAAUACGAUUUAUGUCGGGAAUAUUCAAUCAAUACCAGAUAAUGAAUUAAUUCGAUAUUUUUCACAAUUUGGUAAAAUAAUCGAAUGUUAUCAUAAUUGUAAUGAUGAAACAAAUCUGUGGCGAAUAGAUUAUCGAUUUCUUAAAUUCGAUCACAAUUCUAACAUAAAUUUACAAAAAUUAUUAACAGCACGAGAUCAUGUUAUUGCUCGAAUUGUUCUUGAUGUGAAAUUGUACAAAGAUGUAAUGAACAAUGAUAAUGAUAGUGAACCACCACGUUUGUCAUUAGAUAAAAAAAUAUGUAUUAAAGGAUUUAACCGAUCGAUAGCUCGUAAUGAAAUAAUGAAAUCAUUCAAACGAUACGGACGAAUUUUGAAUUGUACAAUUGUAGAAAAUCCGCAAGAUGAUAAAAAUAAUUACUGCUAUCUGGAAUUUGACAACAUUAAUCCAAUACGAACUAUAUUAAAAAAAUAUAAUCAUCAAAUUAAAGGUGUUCAAUUAGAUGUUCAAACAGCGAUACGUCCAGAUGAAAUUUACAAUUAUAAUUCACAUCAUCAUCGAAAUGAAAAUCGUCCAACAUUUAAUAUUCAUACUAGUCGAACUGUUUCUUUCAGACAAAAUUCACCAAGACAAUCUCGUAUUAAUUCAACAUCCAUAUCUUGUACAUCUUCGAUUUCAUCCCCAUCACAAAUAUUGCCAUCUAUAGGAUUGGUCUCUGUGAACAGUACAAAAAAUAUGCAAACGUAUGAACGUUUAAGAGCAAUAGAAAAUGACUACAAUCAACAAUUAAUCGAUUUAGAACAAGAAUAUCAAAUUGAAUUUUUGAAUGAUUUUCAACAAUUUGACUUCGAAGUGGAUAAAAUAAUCGAGAAUCAACGACGUAAAUAUGAAUAUCUGGCUCGUGUACUUCGUGAUCAGCAACUUGACUUUGACGAAAGGAAAAGUGAAGAAGGUGAACUUGAUGAUUAUCAAGAUGAUUUGGAUGUUGACACAAAUUUAGAAUUAAUUGUUAAUGUACCAAGGAAACGUAAACAUUGA